AUGACAGACGAAACAAAAAAAUUUUGGCAUGACAAAAUGAAACAUCUUUUUUAUCUCUAUGAUGCUGAUGGAGAUGGUGCAAUAACUCCGAUUGAUUUUGAAAUUCUUGCUGAUAAACUUUCAACACUUAUCGGACAAGAUGAUAGCAAACGACGCGAAGAUUAUGCAAAUGCUAGAAAAACUCUUUGCCAAGAAAUCAUGAGAGCAGAUGUUAAUCUAGAUGGUAAAGUAACAUUAGACGAAUGGCUUAAAUUUCAUGAAAAUCUUGCGAAUGAAUUACGUAAACCGGAUACAAGCCCUGAAAUUUUAGAACAAGUAUCUCAACGUAUAAAUACAACAUUUCAUAUGUUGGAUCUUAAUCAUGAUGGUUUUAUAGCUGUUGAUGAAUGGAUUAAAACUUGUCACUUUUUUGGUGUUGAUGAAAAAGCCGCAGCAAAUUCAUUUCAUCAAAUUACAAAAUCUGACAAACUUGAAGAAGAUAGAGCAAAGCAAUUAUUUUUUGAAUAUCUCAAAUCAGAUGAUCCAAGUCAUGUUUCGAAUUGCUGUUUGUGUUUUCUCUGA